CCUCCCUCACCGACCACUACUUGUCCAGACUGACAGAGACAUCUGAGGGCAGGUGCACUUUGUGUGACUGCCAUUUGACCAGUUUAACCAACGUUUAAAGUGCAGAAAGUAUGCCAAGUGCUUACCCAGACGCGUAAUAUCAAGCGCGAGUUCCCACCUCUUCUCUUUGAUCAAUUUAGAGGGAUUACAAAGGAUGUUGGAUUCCAAGGAUUCUAAUGUGAAAAUGACAUCUAGUCAUAGGAUUUCUUUUUCUAUAAUUGACAUAUUGGACCCAAAGAAAUUUAAUAGCAAGAAGAAAAGCGAACUUUCUCCAACAAAGGACACGCUUCCUUUGCUGAACGCAGGACAGGCACAUUUAGAAGCGGACACUGGCGCAGAUGGAGAGCAGCCACUUGAGCGCAUGGAAGCAGGCGAACACACAAAGACUGACCGCUCAAGUAGCGCAGAUCUCAAGCACCAGGUAACCGUCAGCAACCCACUUUUAGUACACUCAGCGACUGAGCCAGAGGAGCAAAUAGAGGGGGACGUGGACAGCAUCAGCAGCAGCGCCGAAACUUCAGCCACACAUGACCUCUUGCCCCACAAACGGCGGCGCUCGGAUCUUGGUUGUGCCAAGCCGCGACGCGCAAGAACUGCCUUCACCUAUGAACAACUGGUGGCUCUGGAAAACAAAUUCCGCUCUACGAGAUACCUGUCCGUGUGUGAGAGACUCAACCUGGCUCUGUCCCUCAGCCUCACUGAGACGCAGGUCAAGAUCUGGUUCCAGAACAGAAGAACCAAGUGGAAGAAACAGAACCCGGGCGCGGACAGCACAAUGCCACCCGGGUCCAACUCUUUGGUCAGUGUCAACCCAAGCCCUGUGACUUGUGUGUCAGGUUCAGCCAAUUAUCAAACUUUCCCGUCUUUCAGCUCUGGGAACAUGAUCUUUCAUACUGAUGGUGCGGUUCCUUUGUCGUCCACUGGAGGGAUGUUACAUCCCUUCUUACCCAAUGGUUAUCAUCUCCAGCCGUCUUACUUUACUCCACAUUUAUGAGACAUGCCCUGCUUCAUCUAUUGCGACUUGGUCACAUUGUGAUGGGAGGAUUAUAAUUAUUGGACUCUCACAAAAGUGUAAUUUUUAAAACUGUCUGUCCAUAGACCUAAUGACAGACAUCAGUCUUCACCCUUAAAUGAUUUGUUAAGAUGAUGGAAUAAAAUGAUCUGAAGGAGCCUGAUAUGUAAGGCUUCUUUUCAGAUAUAUGGGUGGUGAACAAGACUAUUUGUUAUUAGUAUAUCUGAUGAUGUUGAGACAGCUGCUUAUCAUCGAAUUCCUCUGCAGCAAUGUAAUAAGAAAAAACUGCUGUAUGCAGAUAUGUAGUGUAUGUACUAUAGAGAUUGCCGGCCUGAAUAGUGAACUUCUCUUUCCCUGUAUUUGAAUCUGUCAGGAGCAAAAUGUGGCAUGAUAAAAAACCCAUCUCUCCUUGCUGUAGGUUUGGAGGGUCUCACUCACGUGCUUUCACUGUUCAUAUCUGUCAAUCUUGAAAUGAAAACAUUUAAAUUAAAAACAUAUCUACAACAUAUAGUCCUAAUAUAUUAUGAAUUAUGUUUUUUGUUUUGGGUGGUUAGAAGCGAGAUGGAAUUAAUUGUGCAAAAAACAUAGGUAAUUUAGACUGUCACAGAAUGAACUACGAUCAUUGAUGCCAAGCUGGUGAAGGAGGUUUAAUCGCAGAUCAGAUUAAUUUGACUCGAUUCUGUAUCUCCUUCAGGCCAGUAUAGCUCCAUGUUAUUGAUGUCAAACAUUUGAUUUUUACACCACUACAAAAAAUAUUUAGUUUGCAAGGACUGACUCAAUUGCUCAUUUCAGGAUUUAAAAUAAAUAUAGAUAUAUUACUCGGGUGCAUGUUUGUGGUGAUGCACUUGAGAUGAGUGUUGUUGAAAUGCAUUUUGGAUCACAAAAAGGUUGAUUAUUUUGUUUGAGUAAAAGAGCAGCUCUGUUUAGUGCAGAUAAUUGUAAUUGUUUUUGUCAACGAUGCCUCCAUCCAAUAAAUUCAGAAUGUUUUUCA